AUGCAAAAUCCACUCGAAGAUGUCUCCAUUGUUCCCGCUAAAAUUGAAAAUGACAAGUGUGAUCAAUUAUCGCGACCCAAUUCCACAAUUUGUCGCAUUUGUCACAUGCAAGAGCCAAAUAACGAGCUGAUCAAUCCCUGCAAUUGUCGCGGCACGCUGGGUUACGUUCAUCGCCGCUGCUUGGAACACUGGUUGAGCCGAUCGGGAUUAACGCGAUGCGAAUUGUGCCUUUUUGUGUAUCGGACAAAAAGUAUUUUGAGAUAUUCGAUGUGCAAGUCGCUGAGGAUUUAUUUUAGUCAUCCCAAUAAUCGGGGAUUGUUGCAGGCGGAUUUGUUGGCGAUGAUUUUGAUUACUUUUUUAACGGCAAUGCUCUUUGGCAUGUGUUACAUCAGUUUAAACUACUACAACGAGCAACACGAGUCACCUUACGGGAUCCCAAAAUUAUGGUUGGAUGUAUCGAUCUUUGCCGUGCUCGCCGUCGUGGGUUUCGUUUACGUGUUAAACCUUUACGGAAUGCUCUAUGCGCAAAUUAUGCCGUGGUUCCGAUGGUGGCAGUCCGUGCGAGUUGUCACAAUUGACUUGGAUGGAUGA